CAUAUUCUCUUGUGUUCUAUUCUAUGCAAUUUUCUUGUGGAGAAAGAAGGAAUCUGCGUGAAUCGAUUGUUCCUGCGCAACGCAACCACUACAAUGCCACAUAAUUAACAGUUCAAUUAGAUCAUUUUCGGUGCCGAUCGGGUCGACCCGACCGUUAUUUCAAUCACCGGCGAGUUCUAUCACAGAUCGGAAAUGCAAAUGUCAAGAACAAAAUGCGGUGGUUGUUCACAACGAAUCACCCAACUUCACCAAUUCUUCCUCCGCCACCCUUUCAUUUCCGCACCCCCUCCACCACUUCACCACUCUUCAAAAUUACUAUCCACACCCCACCCUAAAUCCAUCCUCUCUUCCUUCCUCCAUUCACCCCCAAUUUUGCACCCUCCCAGUCGUAUCGGCGUUUUCAGAUUCUUCUCUUCAAAGCCACCACUGAACCUCGGUUUCAAGGCCAAGAAGGUUCUGGAGAAACCUACGUCUGCGGUCACCUCUGCUUUCACGCGGUACCGUGAGGCCAUGGUUUUGCAACUUGAGGCUUUCUUCAAAAGGAAUAACCUUUUUCUGUUUGGUGCUGCUGGGGUUGUUCUUUGUGCUAUUCUUUGGAGGAUUAUGUUUGGUAUUGCUAAUACUUUUGUUGUUCUUUCUGAAGGCAUGGCUAAGUAUGGUUUCUUAUCCCUUUCUGCUGCUAUUGUUGCUUUUACUGGUUUGUAUAUUCGCUCAAGGCACACGAUCAACCCUGAUAAAGUUUAUAGAAUGGCCAUGACAAGACUUAACACAUCUGCUCAGAUUCUUGAAGUUAUGGGUGCCCCCCUUACAGGAACUGAUUUAAGAGCCUAUGUGAUGUCAGGGGGUGGCAUUACGUUAAAGAAAAUCAAGCCAAGUCUUAGGAGCAAGCGUUGUUUUCUCAUUUUCCCCAUAAAAGGUUCUGAGAGAAAGGGUCUAGUCAAUGUUGAAGUCAAGAAAAAACAGGGCAAGUAUGAUAUGAAGCUGCUAGCCGUUGAUGUUCCCAUGGCUUCUGGCCCAGACCAGCGUUUGUAUUUGAUUGGAAAUGAAAAAGAGUACACGGUUGGUGGGGGACUGAUAUCUGAUCUAAGAGACCCUGUGGUGAAAGCAAUGGCAGCAACCAAAGAAUUUGAUGAUCUUGAUGAGAUUGAGGAUGAGGAGGAUGCCGAAAGAGAGCGUCAGGAGGUUGAACGAAAGCAUCGAGAAGAAGUUGCGAAGGUUGAAAAUAGUGGUACCAAGCAAUGAUCAUUGAUGAUGUUUCUCUUCCUGUUUCUUCUCUUGUUAAUUACAGGCUUUGUUUUUUUUAGAACACAUUAAUUUUGUACCAAUUUGAGUUUUUGCCAAGGCUUACAUACCUUGUUGUAACACAAGUUUCUGAGUUUAUCUGAACCAAAACUGAUAAAAUAAAUAUGACAGACAUCGACAUACAUCGGAAUGGACUCAGCGUUUGUUGGUUUUGAUGUUGUCUUGUCCUGAGUGUAUAAUCCUUGUCUAUGAUGUGGUUAAGUAGCAAUCAAUAAUAAUCAUGGGCGAAUACCCAAUGUCAAGGACUGAUUGGAUAAA